AUGGUGUCCCGCAACCCUUUCAAGAUCGGCAACAAGAUCAAGCGCAAAGAACAACAUGUCAAGACCAAGCGCGCCAAGGAGAACGAAAAGCGCGACGAUCGCAUGCGCAGACGCCGUACCGAAGACAAGAAUCCUGCUUUGAGAGAAGCGCGUAGGGCGAAGAAUGUGCCUGCGACGAUCGAUCGCAAGAGAACUUGGGAUACUGCGGAUCCUAGCGAAGAGAGCGAUAGAUUGGGAUUGAGUGUGGAUCUGAACGCUAUCAAGAGGAGGAAGGUUGAGGAUGAGGAAGACGAAGAGAAAGAGGAUGGUGACGAGGAAGAGGAGGACAAGGACAGUGAUGCAGACAGCAUGAUUGACUUUGACGAAGAAGAAGACGAGGACCUCGACGAAGAUGCCAAAGCAGCCAAACAACAAAAGAAAGACGAAGCCGAAGCCGCAAAGAAACCUCGCGCUCCCUCACCAACCCCCUCAACCGCCGCAACAAACCUCUCCCUCACACCCGAAGGUCUGGCUUCCAAAUUCCCCCCGCUAUUCGAGCACAACGACAAAGACCCCAAAGUCCUCAUCACCACAAGCAUAAACUCUUUUCUCCACGAAGAAGCCUCGCUGCUCACAUCCCUCUUCCCAAACUCCGUCUACAUCAAACGCACAGCACACUUCCACGCCCACAAAUACUCAAUCUCCGAAAUCUCUUCAUUCGCCGCAAACCGCAAUUUCACUCAUGUCGUCAUUUUGAACGAAGAUCAGAAGAAACCCGCGGGUCUGGAUAUUGUGCAUUUGCCCCAUGGCCCCAUGUUUCACUUCAGCAUCAGCAAUUGGGUCGAAGGUGCCAAACUCCCCGGCCACGGAAACCCAACUUCCCACGAUCCAGAACUGAUCCUCAAUAAUUUCCGCACGCCUCUGGGUCUGUUGACAGCACACCUGUUCCGCCAAAUCUUCCCCCCUCAACCUCAAAUCCAGGGAAGACAAGUGGUCACCUUGCACAACCAGCGCGAUUACAUUUUCGUCCGCAGACACAGAUAUGUGUUUAGAGAUAAGAGGGCUACGGAGAAAUCGAUCGUGGGGCCGGAUGGAAAGUUGGUGGAAGGUGUGGAGGAUAUCAGGGCUGGAUUGCAAGAGUUGGGACCGAGGUUUACGCUCAAGUUGAGGAGAAUCGAUAAAGGUAUUCAGAGAAGAAGUGGUCAAGAAUGGGAAUGGAGGGCUGGUGAUGAAAAGGUCAGGACUAGAUUCGCUCUGUAA